AUGGAACGACAGCUAGAGAUGGACUAUGUGGAACUACUAAACUCAUGUCAGCCACAGGGCAUGGACACAGAACAGGAAAACUGGCUGGGGGACCCAGACCUGCCAACCUACAGCUGGGAAAACGCAGCCGAGGAACCCCCUGCUUCACUACCAGCUGCAGAAGUAGGGGACCUCAUAGACUGGUCCUGGGAAGACCCACAAAUGGCAG